AUGGGCCGGUUAGAGUGGGGGUUUCUGUUACUCCUACUAGGAUUCAGCCAUGUGGAGAUUGUGGUAGGUGCCAUCCGGAGAGCACCGGGCAGAGAUGCUAGUCAGACUGAGGCGAGGCAGCCUGUGUUGGUUUAUGCUGCUCGACACCGAGAGGAUAGAGAUGCUCCUGAUGUUAUCACUAGUACGUUCUUUAUUUUUGAUGUACCUUGUACUGCUCUGAUAGACAUAGGUUCUACACACUCUUAUGUAGCUAGUUUCAUUUUUGAAAACUUGAAGAUUUCUGUUGUGAGCACUUCUAGUGAAAUUACUAUACUGAGUCCGUUGGGGUACUCUGUUCGGGUUAGUAAACUUUAUAGAAGUGUUCCGUUAGUGGUGCAAGGGACUAUUUUUUUGGUAAAUCUAAUGGAGCUUCCGUUUGGGGAGUUCGACGUAAUCCUAGGUAUGGAUUGGUUGGUUGAGCAUCGUGUUAGUUUGGAUUGCACGACUAAGAGGGUCGUUCUGAGGACCGAGGAUAAUAAGGAAGUGGUUGUGAUCAGUGUGCAUUGA